UACAUGUAUCGUCGUUGUCCAUUACAGGUGUAUUCACCAGGUGGUGAUGAUUAUCCACAAGAUUCCCCCAGAUAUACGUCUCCAAAACCAGGAAUGUAUGGAGAUUAUUUUAUUGGUACCGAUGCACCUCACAGUAGCUCCGACCCCUGGUCUUCAAAUAAUGCAUUGCCUUCCUCGUCUUACCCCUCCACAAUGCUGCCUAGCAGUACACAUUACUCUCAGGCUUCAUCUUAUAAUAAUAUGCACCAUCCACAUGACAUGGGUUAUCCUCCAAUUUCUCCAAAUCAAGAAUCAAUGUUGUCCGGUCUUCCACCCAUGUCCAGUUUUCGAGGUCAGACAAUGCCCUCUACAUCAUCUCCGACAGUUAAUGGAUCUGAAAUUAUUGCCAAUCGACCCAAUCCUUCAAAUACACAACAAACUGGGGAUGCUUUAGGCAAAGCAUUAGCAUCUAUUUAUUCAACGGAACACACAGGAAGUAAUUAUGGUGGAUCUAAUCCUUCUACACCUGUUUCAUCACCUCCCCCUAUGUCAGGUAUGUUGAAUGUUCAUCCAAACUUCGCCAAAUAG